AUGAUCCCGCUUGGUGGCCUAUCAUCACAGAUGCUGAGCUUUAUUAUAUACGUCGCAGAGAAUUGGACGAUUGUUCUAGCAGUUGCAAUGAUGUGGUCAUCACCAUCACUCGGUUACAUGCCAUUAUCCAUACAUCAACGAUCCAGAAAGAUCCUGAUACUCCUCAUUGUCACCUUCCUGGCUAACAACAUCUUCGAUAUCAUGGUGACCGCAAUGACAACGAUGCAUAGUUCAGGGGAGGAACUCAUUCCCUUUGGCGCUUAUCUGUGCUCGAUUUACUCUGCGAAAGAUAUCGUACUUCUGAUUUCUCUUACUUGGAUACUCUGCACCGUGUGGGAGGUCUUCACACUGUGUCUCGCAGUCUGGGUAGCGGUAAAACACUUCCGUGAACUGCGACGACAUUCAGCAGGUCCUAGGGAUGAUCGGGGACUGUUUUAA